UGAAGGCAGGGGAGAGAGACGCGGAAGGGGGCUGCGGGGGGAUGCAACAGAGGACUGAGUGGCUCUAGUAAAUAUUUAUAUUGCAUGAUGAUAUGCGCGAGCAAAAGGAGGAGGUGUGUGCGCGCGAGUGUGUGUGUGUAUGGGGAGGAAGAGGGCUGAGAGAGAGAGAGGAGAGGAAGAUACCUCGAGCCAACCAGUUAUUAAUAUUAUUCCACACCGCUAAGUUUAGCAUUCAACACGUGUCGCAAGUGAUGGAGAGAGAGCGCGGGAGAGAGGCGGCCGGCGCGCGCGCGCGAAAGAGGGAGGUUGACGGUUGACGGUUGCUAGGUGACGAGGCGCAUAUACUGAAUUUUAACAAAAGAGCGGAGAGAGAGAGAGAGAGAGAGAGAGGAGGGAGCGGGAGAUAGGUGGAGAGAGAGAGAGAGCUCGCGAAAAUUGAAUACAUGUAGAAUAUAUAUAUUUCUAGGUGUAUUUUCCCCGGAGAAGCCGCAAAAAGGAUACCUCGAGGGGAAUGAUGUGAAGAGAAUGGAGGGCCGAAAGGAGAGAGGGGGGACAGGCGCGUGAAAAACACAGCUUUCUUCAUACCCUCUCGUUUGGCCUCCUCGUUUUUUGCCAUGGUCACAGUACCCACACUCUCUCUUCUAUUGGCCCUGGUAGAAUGGGCGGGUCAGACUAGCUCCUCCCCUCAUCUCUUGCUCCGGCCCCGAGAGCGUGAACGGGACCCGGUGGCAUCAAUGCACUUCAACAUCGCAGUGAUCCACGCGGGCUCAACGGUUCAACAAGGGGAAGCAGGGGCUGCAGCAGCUGCGGGUAGGGUGCCAUACCCGGGCUUCGGACGUGUGCACAGCAGCUUCGGUGAGAGCGUCGUUACCCAGUGGGGAUCCGCAAAUGUAAUCUGGCUCCAGGUGAAUGACAGCAGCCCCAGGACGCUGCUCUCUCAGCUGUGUGACUUGCUGGCAGCCAGACCCCUUCAGGGACUCGUGUAUGAAGAUGAGAGACCCCUCCCGCUGGCCUCUGGCCCCCUGGCCCCCAUGCUAGAGUUCGUUUCGGCCCAGACCGGCCUCCCCAUUGUUGCUGUGGGAGGGGGAGCGGGUCUGGGCAGGGUACCACAGGAGACCGGCUCAAUCUUCCUGCAGUUCAGCUCUUCCACCGCACUCCAAUUGGAGGUGAUCUUUGAGGUGCUGGAGGAGUACGAUUGGACGGCCUUCUCGGUGGUGUCCACACGUCACCAUGGCUACCAGGACUUCCUAUCAAUAGUGGAAGGUUUGACCGACGGGUCAUUCAUCGGCUGGGAGAAGAAGAGCGUAGUGAUGUUGAAUUUAACCGACGAUCCGGGAGGAGCGCGCACACGGCGGCUGCUGAAAGAGAACGAAGCACAGGUGCGGUUGUUGUACUGCUCUCAGGAGGAGGCAGAACAGGUGUUCCAUGCUGCUUGGGCAGCUGGUCAGGCCAGUGCCUCUCACAUAUGGUUUGUGGUGGGUCCGGCUUUGUCCGAGCUGGGCCUGACCGGACUACCCAGUCGGCUGUUUGCAGUCAGACCACAGGGCUGGAGGGACGAGCCCCGCAGACGUAUCGCCCGUGGGGUGUCCAUUCUUACCCAUGGAGCUGUCGCUUUGCGUAAGGACUACGGAGCCACAGGAGGGCCACACUUUGUCACUAACUGUCAGACGGAUGGCAACAGAACACAGAGGAUCCGCGGUAGAAUGAAGUAUUUCAGUAACAUCACGCUCGGUGGGCGGGACUAUUCGUUCAAUAACGAGGGCUACCUGGCCAAUCCCUUUCUGGAUGUCAUCUCCUACACGCCUGGGAGUGGCUGGGAAGACGUAGGAUGGUGGGAGAAUGGGGUGUUACGUCUGAGGUACCCUGCUUGGUCUCGAUAUGGUCCCUUCCUGCAGCCGCCCGAUGAUGCUCAGCACCUGAGGGUCGUGACCCUGGAGGAGCGGCCCUUCGUUAUCGUGGAGCUUGCAGAUCCUGCCUCUGGAACCUGCAUUAGAGACUCUGUGCCAUGCAGACGGCCUCUCAAUGCCAGUUCACUUCAGGAAGGGGUGGCACCCAUGAAACAGUGCUGCAAGGGAUUCUGCAUCGACAUCCUUAAGCGAUUGGCCAAAAUUGUCGGCUUCACCUAUGACCUCUACUUGGUGACCAAUGGGAAACAUGGGAAAAAGAUUGAUGGAGUUUGGAACGGGAUGGUGGGAGAGGUUGUGUACAAGCGGGCAGACAUGGCGAUCGGAUCUCUCACUAUCAACGAGGAGAGGUCAGAGGUCGUGGACUUCUCUGUGCCCUUUGUGGAGACGGGGAUCAGCGUCAUGGUCUCUCGCAGUAACGGAACUGUCUCUCCCUCUGCUUUUCUUGAGCCGUACAGCCCUGCUGUGUGGGUGAUGAUGUUUGUAAUGUGCCUGACCGUGGUGGCAGUGACGGUUUUCAUCUUUGAGUUCUUCAGUCCAGUGGGGUACAACCGUAGCCUUCAGAGUGGCAAGAAGGCCAGAGGUUCUAAGUUCACAAUAGGGAAGUCAAUCUGGCUUCUUUGGGCUCUGGUCUUUAAUAACUCCGUUCCAGUGGAGAACCCCAAAGGAACCACCAGCAAGAUCAUGGUUCUUGUCUGGGCUUUCUUUGCUGUCAUCUUCCUGGCUAGCUACACUGCCAACCUGGCUGCCUUCAUGAUCCAAGAGGAAUACAUUGACACUGUGUCUGGCCUCAGCGAUAAAAAGUUUCAGCACCCCACAGAGCAGUACCCCCCUCUGAAAUUUGGAACGGUGCCUAACGGAAGCACAGAGAAAAACAUCCGCAGUAACUAUCCAGACAUGCACCAGUAUAUGAUCAAAUACAACCAGAAAAGUGUGGAGGAUGCCAUCUCCCACCUCAAGUCUGGUAAACUGGAUGCCUUAAUCUAUGAUGCAGCUGUAUUAAACUACAUGGCUCGUAAAGAUGAAGGCUGUAAAGUAAUGACCAUUGGCUCAGGGAAAGUAUUCGCCACGACCGGUUAUGGCAUCGCCCUGAUCAAGAACUCCCGCUGGAAACGGCCAUUGGACCUGGCCUUACUGCAGCUGGUGGGCGACGAUGAGAUUGAGAUGCUAGAGCGUCUCUGGCUCUCAGGGAUCUGUCAUAAUGAUAAAAUUGAGGUGAUGAGCUCCAAACUAGACAUAGACAACAUGGCUGGUGUCUUCUACAUGCUACUGGUGGCCAUGGGCCUAAGUCUGUUGGUCUUCGCCUGGGAACACCUGGUUUACUGGAGGCUACGGCACUGCAUGAGCAAAAUGGGCCAGUCUGGCAAACUGGACUUCCUACUCGCCUUCAGCAGGGGAAUGUAUAGCUGCUGCAGUUUUGAAGAUGAAACUGCACAAGGUGGGGCUAAAGUCACAGUUCCUGGCCACCAUCAUACUGCCAUGGUUCCUGCUUCUUCCUCACAUGGGGUCACAUCAGCUGUAUCCACUACAGCCAUUGCCAUGGUACAGCAACAGCAGCAGCAGCAACCACAACAGCCUCAACCUCCUCAGUCUUACAAAACACCUCUUCCUGGAUCCCCUCCCACAAUCGUUCAUUCUGGAGCGGCCUUGGGUCCCACAAAUACUCAACUUGUAGGAGCACCACUACCAUGUACUACUUUCUUACCGCGGCCAGAUCGCAGGUUGGCGGUUGUGGACCGCUGGAGACUACCCAAAACCGCUAGUGCCACGACCUCCAUGGGUGUGAGAGGAGCUCUAGCAGAAACAGGACCUCUGCCUCAAAAGGUGGCACCUACCUGGGCAGGUGGUGGAGGUGCAGGUAGUGGUCUAGAUGGAUAUAAGCGCUACUAUGGACCUAUUGAUCCAGAGGGACUUGGGCCAAGUGUGGACCAACAGACAGGCUCUCAAACUCCCAAAACAGUCCCCAGAGCCCACCAACAACCCCCACCAACUAGUGUGGUUUUCUACCAAGAGAAGGGCAUGGACCAUGGCAUGGGGAAGAAGGUGGGAGCGGGUACUGGUGGAGGGGGUCAGGGUAGAGGGGUUAAAUCUUUGGGAACUCCCAGGCUUCCUCCUAAAAGCCAGGCCCCAGCCCCGCUGACACCUAACCCCCCGCUGCAGCACCCCUCUCCCCCUCUCCCUUCAUCCUUCUGGAGGAAACGGCGACCAAAAAAGCCCAAAGAACCUAGUGGCCCAUUGUACGAGAACAUCCUGCCACUGGGCCGGAGAGGUGGAGGCAGGGAUGCGAGUCGAAGACCGAGACCCUCUCCUCCUCUCCCAAUCCCGGUGCCAGUCACACUUUCUCCAAGCUACACUCCUCCAUCCCCCUCUCCCUCACUUCCCUACACCUCCACAUCAUCCUCCUCAUCCACCACCAGCUCCUCAACCACAUCCUCAGCCACAUCCUCACGCUCCACCUCUCCUUCAUCCACUUCCACAGCUUCAUCUCAUAGCACCCGAGACAGAGAGGCUGAGGAAGAGGAUGAGGAGGAUUUGGAUGAGCUGACCGAAGAGUCUAGUCUUCUACAGGGCCACAAUAGAACCAGGGACCGAGAGCGGUCCAUACUUUCCCCUAGAUCUCUCACUCAUGGACUUCCCCCUCCUAUACCCCCACGCAAACCGUGGGGCGCCUUUGGAGACAGGGAGCAUAAGAAGGACAGAGAGAGAGAAAGGGGUGGCAGUCAACUAGCACAGCUCCAGGAAUGGUGGGCAGGAUGGGCAGAAAGAGAGAGGGACAGGGAGAGAAGUGGCGGAGCCCAGGGAGAUACAGAAAGGAAAAGAGAGAGGAAACGUAGGAAAGAGAGGGAAAAGGAGAAAAAGAAAAAGAAGAAGAAAAACAAAAAACGAAAAAAGAGGGAGGAGCGUGAAAGAGAAAGAGAAAGGAAGCGUCGUAAGGUGAAAAAGAAGAAAAAGAAGGCAAUGAAAACAAAAAAGAAGAAGGUGUCAUCCGGCAAGCGGUCAGAGCCAGAGGAGGGUGAUGUUGAGGCAGAGAGAGAUGGAGAGGGGGAUGGGGAUAGAGAGGGAGAGUACUCAUCAUUUUCCACUCAAUAUCGCAGUGCAUUUGCAGACAAAGGCAGCCUUUCAGCUUGGGAGGGAGAGAGAGAAAGAGGGAGGAGAGAUGGAGGUGAGGAUGACAGGGACGAACGAGAGGAUGAGAGUGGGGGAGGUAGAUGCAGAGAGAGAAGACCCAAAGGCUCCCACUCACGACACCGACCAUCCAGUAAGCGCUAUCCCAACCUCAACAAACUCCCCUCCUCAGUUAAAUUCUGGGUCAGUGGAGGUGAAGCAGGUGGCACGGAGGCCUCUGGACCCUCCCCUCCCUCCUCUUUACAUACACUCCUCUCCUCAUCCAAGAGAAGGAGGAGUAGUGGGGUAGAGAGAGAGGAAGAAGGGAGAGUAGGAGAACGCAAGCCACUGCUUCUCCACUAUGAAAGGGGGCGAGUUAACACAAGAGAAGGCUUGUCCUUCCAUGAGUGGGACUCUGAGGAUGAGGAGGAAGAAGGGGAAGAAGAGGAGAGAGAACGAGAAAGAGAGAGAAUAGAAGAGAGAGUGCGGCGGGCAGGGAGAGGGGCAGUGUCAGAGUCUGAACGGGACAGAAUCAGAGCAGAAGAAAGCUUUUCCGAUGAGGGGUCCUCAGGAGAGUUUGGCCGUUUUGAGAGAUACUGGGAAGGAACUGGAGGGGGUGGAGCUAGUGGAAUUGGGGGUGGGGGCUGGUUUUUUGGAACGUACCCUGCUCGAGAGAAAGGUGGAAGUGUCAACAGUAGAGAUGACUCUAUUUUGGGUCGGGCAGAAGGAUGGGGAUUGGCAGGUGAUUUUUGGAGUUCGGGUCCAGGGAUUGGAUGGGGAUCUGGAGGAGGCAGUGGAGGGCUAGGUUCACAGUGGCCACCCCCUCCCACUUCCCUGCCACCACCACGACGCUACUGGUCAGUCGACAAACUACAGAUGAAGGGUGAGAAGCGAAGCCGCAGUGGGUCAAAGAGCAAAGGUCAGAGGUCUCGGGAUAGAAUGCAAGAUGCAGCAUCAUGUACGUGUACACAGUAUAGGCACGGUAGGCCCCACAUUCACCACAAACACAGCAGCACUCAGUCUCACAGCCAGGAGGAUCUGCUUCCCCACUGCCACAGCUUCAGUGGAAGCUCUCGGCCCAAACCACCCCCUAAACCUGAGAAAUCCAAAUCUGGAAGCCAGUCCAACCUUAGCUCCCAGCAAGCCCAGCUCUCCGAACACAUACCCCAGCCAUCACCCUCCCCACCUCAGCCACUCCUUCCCUCAUUACCUGUACCUUCUGCUCCCAACUCCCUAACCAUGCCCAUUCCUCCACCUCCAUCCUCUGCAUCCAUGUCCCCUCCACCUGUGCUCUCUCCCGGGGGUGCUUCCGGCUCCUCCCAGGCAGCCACCGCCAGCGCUAAGCUUCAGUACCAGAGACUUCGGUCUGUGCCCCAGCCAAGGCGAUUCUACUCCCCACACCUGCCACUCAAAGCCAAGAGCUUGUGCUCACGUCGUGGUUCUGCCCAUUUCUCCAGCCUAGAAAGUGAAGUAUGACACGGGGCUUCUCUGCUGCGCGUGUGUGUGAGCUCUACUGUGAAGCGCAGCUGGAGUGUGAUGCACAUACAUGUGCCGCACCAAGACGAGGAAAACGUCCACGACAGUGACCAGAGCAGCAAAGAAACAACAGUCAAAGCAGGCAAUGGCUCAACAAAUUCCGCCACGGUCACAAUGGAUACUCCAGCCGUGCUCCAUCUUCGGUCUGAGCUGAGUAUUACGAUGUCCUCUGUGCUCCUCUCCUCCAGUGAGAACAGUGGAUAGCAAAUGUCUGGGAUUUUUCUGUGAGUAAUGAUGUCAUGUUUACACACAUACACUCCUUCAAACAAGGAACAUACAUUUUUGCAUCGUGCACAUACGGCGUGACGACAGACAUCAAAUACUGCUGUGGCUCAAACUGACUAUUCAGUUAAUUUACAGAUGACUCAGAAUUAAUCUAUAUUCAAUCUGAAUGCAGUCUUGGAGAGGCUCAGAUGAUCAGCAUCAACCCACUGACUGAAAAAGUGUCUCCAUGGCAACCUGAUGCACAUAGAUACAGACAUUACCUUUUUUUCUUUUUGACAUUUGCAACAUUGAUGUUAUGCCAUCACCCUUUGGCUUCCUCUUUCAAGGCCAUGCUGGAAAUUAUUAAUUGAAAUUUGACCUCAAAGUAAACAAGAGUAAACUAUGUCACUCUUUCUGUAUUUCUGAUUCCAAGCUAAUCAGAACUUACAUGGAGCCAUUUCACUCAGAACUUUGGUUGUCCUAUCAAAACUCCAAUGCCAUGGUGUCACUUUGACAUCAGAGAUGACAUUAUGUUCUAAAGAGACAUACUUCAUAAGAAAAACAAUAAGAACACAAACAAAAAUGUAGCAAUUUUUCCUCUAUAAUUUUUUUCCCUUCAGGUUUUCUUUUCUUUUAAUGCUGUUUAUUGCUCUCACUGUGGUCGUAUUUUAACAAAAGGGUAAACCAGCUGUGUCUGAUGUUAAAUAGUGGGAUUAUAGAUGCAAGGGCAAUUUUUACAAAGUUAUUUAUUUGUUUUGAUAACAGAAUUUUCAAAUUGUCAUGACUAGAUCCAUGGCACUGCCCAAUACAAUGGUCCUUUCUUUGCAUACAAGCAAUACUUAUCUUUCAUCAAAUGAUGAUGGGUUGCAAUAUUUAUGAUUGGCACUAGAUGGCUACAUAAUAUUAAAAACUGUACGUUAGCGAUUACAAAUGGUGGACCAUGAGUGGACCAUGCCUGUUGUUUUGUUCCUUAAUCAUCACGUUAGAACUGGAACAGACAGCUUACAUCAUUUCUGGGAUGGUAAAGGGCAUUGUUUAGAAGAGCUGAGACUGUCAUUGUCACUGAUUGUGCAUUUUCAAGUCAAGCCUACUUCCAGUGCAGAGUUGCAUGUAAUAAAGCACAAGUUGCUGACUCUUGUCAGUGCAAACGUUAACAUAUGAUAAUGAGGAGUCAAGGACAAACACAAUACUGAUCGAUUUUGAGGCAAAAGCAUCCUACACCAUUUAUUUUGGCGAAAAAAUUUGUCAUACAGAGAUUCAGUUUCUGAAUACCUAUUUGACGUCAGGCACCGCUUAUUUGCCCAUGUUGUAGUUGAAUGUAGCUUUGAAAUGAUUUAGCAAAAAGUAGAUAUGCGGUAGAUUUUGUAGCAUUCUGGAUGCAGUUACACAUCACAAGAAGUGACAAUUACACUUUUAUUAUGGGGGCAUAGAGGGCUUGUACAUGUCGUCACAGAUCAACAGAUUCGAUUGCCCUUUAUUUGAUACACCUGUUCACACGGAAAUAAGUGAUGUUUGUCUCCCUUUUAUAUCUUGUUCAUUUAAACAAGACCACCUGGGGAAGGUUCACCAUCAUUUGCAGUGAAAUUUAGGGCUUUUCCACUUUUUAAAGACCCAUGUGUCAUCACACGAGUCAAGAAAUAACAAGCUCAGGUAUUGAAUUGCGUGUUGUGUAAACUGAAUCACACACAGCCGCUUAAUCCCCUCGGUCAGCGUUUCUUCCAAUGCCGGGAAUUCGGGUGCGUCAGCGGAAAGUCCACUACACCCGGCAUGGAAGCGUGGCGGGGGGCAGGGAGAUGGAUGUAGAAUGAUUGAAUUAAUAUAGUGUGCCAUGAGUACACUUGAUCUGUCAUUGACCCUUACUGAGUCAGAAGGCGCUAACACAGUAUUCUGUGACUGCAUGUACAGAAUGGACUUAUAAUUCCCAUAUAGCUUUUUUUCUUGAGAACAAAAAUAAAUAUUAUCUCUAUAUACUAUGUUUUUGAUAAUGUAUCAUGUUAUACUGUGAAUUGACUUAGAUAUUUUAUUGCCCAUUGUAUUCAGUUUUCAUUGCCAUCAUAUCAUUUAUCUAUACAAAAUAUAUAUGUACAAAUAAAUAUAUACAUAUAUAUAUAUAUAUAUAUACAGACAGGUAUAUAUAAUGAGUUAAGUUUAAUAUACUUGGAGGAAGUGGUAGAUAUAGUUUUAAAUGUUUUAGCUUUGUAGCAAUUCUAGACUCUGGAGACAUUUUUGAAUUUUGAUUCCUCCUAUAUGACUGUGAAAACAUUAGUGCCUGUGAAGAAAAAACAAGAAACAAAUCUAAUAUCCUUUCAUUCAUCCUUCUGUCCAUCUUUUCAUAUAUUUUUAGCAGAUCUUCACAAUUACUCUGAUACUACCUAAAUAGCUUUCAGAUCAUGUGUGUUUUAUGCCCUUUGCUCAUGUUGCUGCGUCCUUAUCGUUGCGUCUGUCCUUUUGACAUUCUGCCAUUUCAGCUUUCCAUCUAGCCAGUUAGUAUUCCAUCCAUCAGUCCAACAAUCCAUCCAUUCAAUCACCCAUCAGUCCAUCAGUCUAACUGCUGAUUUCUUCUUAUUCUGUAGUUUUCUCAUGAUAUUUUUCCACAGAACCAUUGAUUAGGCAACUUAAACAAUGUACCUCUGGCAAUUUCCUUUUUUAGAUAUUUUUUAUUCUCUCUGUUUAUCCCUCUGUAUGUUCUCUCAGUUAGCAAAAAACAAAACCAGAAAAAAACAGAGACCAGUAGCUACUGUGUUCCUGCUCCUAUCAGUUGAUUAUUGAAGAUCAUGAUCAAUUAAAGUUAUGAUGUAAUUGAUAAACGACUGAAAAAUUGACUGAAGAGUUGUACCUGAUGACCAUGACACUGUAGUGAGGGUCUGGGCUGUACUGUACACAACUCACUGUUACUGUGCUGACUAGAUGGGGUAAUGUGUGUAAACUAACUGUAAAAUAAUGUUGGCGCACUGACUCAUGUUGGUUAGGAGGUACAUAUCAUAGUAGGCAAUAGAUAAUUCAUCCCAUUGCCAAACAAACACUCAACAAAGGCUUCAUCCCCUCCCUUCAUCUGUUUAGACUGGUGACCUGAUUGUGAAAUAAACAAAGUACAGGGUUGGAUAUUGUUGCUAGAAUUGUCAGUGGUGGUCAAUAUUUGGCUGGGAAAUUAAAGUCACAUAUUGUGUUAAGGGCUGGUCAGCUGCUAUUUUAGAUUCAGUGUGACUGUUUGUUUGCAUGUUUGAGUGUCAGUACAUGAGAGAAAAGCCUAGUUUUCUUUUCUACAUUGAUGCAUUAUGUGUGUGCUUCUCAUUUGCUAUCAGUAAUUCUAGGUUCUGCUAUUUAUUUCCUACACGGAAUCUAUGCCCAAAAUUCAGAAAACGGCAUCCUUUAAAAAGUUAUGCACAUCUGAAACAUCUUGUAUGUUAAUUUACACUAUUGUUCAAGUUUGGAGUCAGUGAGAUUUUCAUACUUUUAUUCCGUAUUGAUCAAAAGGGACAGUAAAGACAUUUCUAAUGUUAGAAAAUUCUAUUUCAGAUAAAUGCUGCAGUUUUGAACUUUCAUCAGAGAUUCUCAGAGAAUAUUUAACUGUUUUCAAUAUCGGUAAUAAUAAUAAUAAUUUCUUGAGCACCAAAUCAGCAUACUAAAAUGAUUUCUGAUGUUAUGAGUGCUGAAAAUUCAGCUUUGCAAUCGCAGUAAUAAAUUAUAUUUUAGAAUAGAAAACAGUUAUUAAAGGGUGCUUAGGCACCUAUUGUAUCUGUUAAUUUUCUUCUUCUUCUUCCGCUCUAGAAGUCUAUGGCAGCCUGUAGAACCACUUGCGGGAAAGUUAUGAAAUUUGGCACACAGUUAGAGGACAGUCUCAAUAUUAACCAUAGCAAAUUUGGAAUGUUUUUCUCAAACUCUCUAGCACCACCAACAGGCCAAAUUGCACUCAUGUUUCUGCUAAUAACUUUUGAACUGUAAGUCUAAAAGCAAAAAAAAAAAAAAAAUUUAAUUUUCUAUGGGUCAAGGUUUUUCACAAUUUAGAAAUUUGCAAAAAAAAAUGUCCUAGACGGUUUGUCAAAUUUUUACCAAAUUUGGCUCAGAUCCUCUUCAGAGUAUUCUGGCAAAAAAUGAUCAAAAGCUUUCUGAUAUACCAAACCAUUUUUAUAAAGCGUGUUAAUGAAUUUGAUGAAGUUGGUGCAAAAAGGAUAUGAAGCUAUAACUUCAUAACACUUUAGCAAAUUCUGACCAAACUUGGUAUGUGUUAUAACAAGCAUGACCUAUGGGCAAAUGAGUAGUUUCAGCAUCUCCAACAGGUCAAAAAAUAUUUUACAAAUCGGCAUUUCUGUUUAUAAAUGCUGACCAGUGUUGCCAAAAAUCAUAAGAUUGGUCUCGUUAUAUUUGGAAUAGCAUACUGAAUCAAACAAUAACUAAUUUUUCUAUGUCAGUCUUUUCUGGUCAUCGGCCAUUUUUAGUUUGUAGUAAAAUGCUAUAUCAACAAGGGUCUUCAACGCUACUACUGGAGAGCUACCAUACUGCAGAGUUCAGCUUCAGCUCUAAUCAAACACACCUGAACCAGCUAAUCAAGGUGUUCAUGGCUACUUAAUUACCGACACCUGUGUUGAAGCAGGGUUGGAACUUAAGUCUACUGGAAGGUAGCUCUCCAGGGCUGCGUUCCAGUCCGUUUUCUUAUGCCCUUCACUCGCAGACUUCCCUCUGUCUCAUUUACUCGGAUGUAAGUCAUUGAUUAUGUUGCAUGAGUGCCUACUACUGGCGGAACCCUUGCAAUGGGCUGAACUGGAACGCCUAAGCCCUUGAUUACUUAGAAUCUGCUAUGGAUCUGGUUUAUUGUUUACAUUUUCCCCUUAUGAAUUUGUUUGGUGCAAUAUUUUAUAUGGAUAUAGGUAUGCUUGGACUGUUCUAAAAAAAUAAAAUAAUCAUUUAUGUAUUAUAGACUUGUUUGGGGUGGGGAUAAAUGAAACGCAAUCUGCGUUGACGUCAUAAUCAUGUUGCAUUGUGGUCUAUGGAGUGGCCUGACUCGCUCCAUCUGUCAAAAUCUGUCCAUAUAAACUUCCAUCGUCCACUUUGCGAAGUGGAACGCAUUUCAAAAUGCCAGCAGGGAUUCCCCCAAGAGGAAGUGCUUAGGGAAGUUUGCGAGCGUGUGUCUAAAAGUGGAGUGGAACACAGCCCAGGAGCAGGGUUUGAGAACCCUUGUCUUUACUGAGUAAUUAAAGACAGGUCCUCAGCUCAUUUUACCUCUGUUGUGCAUGAAAGCUUUUACUGUAUUUUUGAUCAGAUGAAUGCAGCGUUGGUUGAGCAUGAAGGGAAAAAGCAUUAAAAAACAUUAAACCAUUAAAAAAAUGUUACUGACCUCAGACGUUUGAAUGGUAGUGUAUUAAAUGAUAAGCUUUCAGCUACCAAUAGGUUAUUAGACAUUUUAAUUUCACCUUUAAAUUCAGUGCAAAAACUUCUCAUAUUCUCAUAUAAAGUCCUCAUAUUCCAUUUGUGCUUGCUAAUGAGUGACAAUGAAUUUAAGGGUCUGUACUCAGUGAGUGAACGAGUAAGAGAAGGGAAACAGAUUAUAUGCAGGUUUGUACUGCACAUACUGUAAAGCUGUGUAAGUGUUUCAUUAUUUAUGUGGCGAUUGUGCAUGUGAGAGAGAUUGUGGUGCACAUGCAUUAUAUAUAUAUAUAUAUAUAUAUAUAUAUAUAUAUAUAUAUAUAUAUACACAUCAAUACAAAGUAUCUGUCUCUCUUUUUCCUCCAAACCUCUCUACCAGAUUACUCAGCCAUUUACUCACUAUUCUCUCACUCAUUGGGCUGCUAUAAUACAUAAUUGACUCACUCAGGACAGACAUACACACACACUUGCUGCAGCUUCAUGGAUACCGAAUCCUGCAGGUGCUCUAGAACUUUCUCUUGCUCUCUCUCCCCCUCAGGAGCUUGAGGCUCAGAGUAGCUCCAGGUAGCUGUUGGCACCAUGAUGUGAGGCAUUACUUGACAGGCUCGACGGAUAAAAGUGCAGCUCUUCCCUCUUGAUCACAGCUGAGCAGAGAUCAGUGUGUGUGUGUGUAUGUGUUUGUGUGAAAGCAGGUCAGCCCCUGUGAUAGACCACUACAUGCUUUACUUAGCCUACCCUUAUUCCACAACUGCAGCUGUACACCAACAAUAACGUCUGAGACUCAAGGCUGGAAACUCACUCUAGUGUUGCUUUCUCAUGCAGUGAAAGUGCUUUUACAUCUUACAUGUUGUGAAACCCAUAUUUGAACAGGGUCCUCCAUGUCACAUCACAUUCAUAAUCAUGUAAUCCCAUCUACCAUUCAAAAUGAAAGAAAAGAAUAAAAUAAUUACUGCUUCACUUUGUCUUAACAGCUACAAUUGAUUUUGUUAGAACCUUUUUUGUUAUUAUUAUUGUUUAAGACAUUUUGAAUAUGUUUUUAGCUUGCUCACUAUUUUUAACAUGGAUUGAUGUGGCAUUGUGUAAACUGCACUGUGACUAAAGGCAAUGCGAGUGUGUAUGUGUGUGACGGGCAUCAGUUGAGGAUGUGUAUUGCCUUUGUACUGUACAGUCCAGACAGAAUUCCUCCACCAAUCAGAUUUUGUUUGCUUAUAACAUCAUGUCUUGGGAAGGGGUUUGAAGGGGUCAGUGCUAAGAAUUGCUUCAUAAAGAAUACUCUCUUUAAAAUA